AUGCAUGGGGGAGGGCUCCGGUUAAUGCAAGUCCUGGGCUCCUGCAGGGACCCCGACAACUGUCAGCAGCAGCAGCGACUCGGGGCCUCUUCCUCUGCUUCCUCAGCGAUGCUUUUCCACAGUUUGUCCGGCUCGGAGAUGCAUGGGGUCAUCGACGAGAUGGAUCGGAGAGCCAAAAGCGAAGCGCCAGCCAUCAGCUCGGCUAUAGACAGGGGAGAGACCGAAACGACCAUGCCUUCCAUCAGCAGUGACCGGGCUGCCCUGUGCGCCGGCUGCGGGGGGAAAAUCUCCGACCGCUAUUACCUCCUGGCUGUGGAUAAACAGUGGCACAUGCGCUGCCUGAAGUGCUGUGAAUGUAAACUCAACCUGGAGUCCGAGCUCACCUGCUUCAGCAAGGACGGCAGCAUCUACUGCAAGGAGGAUUACUACAGGAGGUUUUCGGUGCAGAGAUGUGCGAGAUGUCACCUGGGGAUUUCAGCCUCCGAGAUGGUCAUGAGGGCCAGGGAUUUGGUAUAUCAUUUAAAUUGCUUUACUUGCACCACUUGCAACAAGAUGCUGACCACCGGCGACCACUUUGGCAUGAAAGACAAUCUGGUGUACUGCCGCCUCCAUUUCGAGACUCUCAUCCAGGGGGAGUACCAGGUGCAUUUCAAUCACUCGGAUGUAGCCGCUGGGAAGGGCCCAGCACUGGGAGCGGGCUCUGCCAACACUUUGGGACUGCCUUAUUACAACGGCGUGGGGACUGUCCAGAAGGGGAGACCCAGGAAAAGGAAGAGCCCAGGGCCUGGGGCAGAUCUGGCAGCCUACAAUGCAGCUUUAAGUUGCAAUGAAAACGAUGGUGACCACCUGGAUAGAGACCAGCAAUACCCCAGCAAUCAGAAAACAAAGCGUAUGAGGACAUCAUUCAAACACCACCAGUUGCGGACAAUGAAGUCAUACUUUGCUAUUAACCACAAUCCUGAUGCCAAGGACUUGAAACAGCUAGCUCAGAAAACCGGCCUGACCAAAAGAGUUCUUCAGGUUUGGUUUCAAAAUGCCCGAGCCAAAUUCAGACGGAACCUCUUACGUCAAGAAAACACAGGGGUGGAUAAGACUUCAGAUUCAACACUCCAAGCAGGGACCCCAUCAGGUCCUGCCUCAGAAAUAUCCAAUGCCUCCAUGAGUCCAUCCAGCACUCCCACUACCUUAACGGACUUGACUAAUCCUACUAUGCCUACUGUGACAUCUGUCUUGACGUCAGUGCCCGGAAGUCUUGAGGUUCAUGAAUCUCGAAGUCCUUCACAGACAACUCUUACAAAUCUUUUCUGA